AUGAGUGAUUUUAAUAAGAAGCGUAGCCCAUUAUGGGAUCAUUUUAGUGUAUUGGAUAAAAAGGCAAAAUGUUCUUACUGUGGACAGUUACUUUCAAUACCUAGUGGAAAUUUAGGGAAUUUAAAAAGGCAUUUGAAAAGCCAACAUCCAACCGUACCUAUAAUCGCGGAAAGGCAAACGUUACAGGUUACAGAACCAACCGCCGUCGAAGAAGUUCAAGAGCCCGGCACUUCUUAUUCCAAUAGGCCACUUGUAACUUUCGCUACAUCACAUGUCUCAGCUAGUCUUAGAGUAGGCACUGUAAGGGACUAUUUGACCAGUGUGAAGCCAUUACCACCACAUCGAACAAAAAUGUUGGAUGAGCAGCUAUUAAAAAUGAUAGCUAAGGAGUAUCACCCACUGAGACUAGUAGAAGAGAAAGAAUUUAGAAAAUUCUGGAAAAUAAACAACAAAAUUACUGCGAUUGCGAGCGAUAAUGCAGCCAAUAUAACCAGUGCAAUAAGAGAAGGAAACUGGCGUCUAAUUGCUUGCUUUGCGCACAGCAUAAAUUUAUUAGUUAAGGACGCAUUAAUACAUAUCUCGGAGACAACAACAAAAAUUAAAACAAUUGUGGAAUAUUUCAAGCGUAGUUCACACGCUCAGCAAGAACUAAAUAAGCUUCAAGCAUCUAUGAACCUGCCACAGCUGAAACUUAAGCAAGACGUCGCCACUAGGUGGAAUUCCACUUACGACAUGCUGUCGCGCUUUUUGCAAUGCAAAUCAGCCAUAACUGCGACAGUGGCUUUGUUAAGAAGCGAUUUGUGCCUUAACGAUAAUGACUGGAAAGUCGUAGAAGAAAUUGUGCCAAUAUUUUCAUUGUUUGCAGAGAUGACCAAUGAAAUUAGUGCUGAAAAAUCAGUCACAUUAUCAAAAGUUUUACCAAUGUGCCGUAUUAUAUAUAUCAACAUAUCAAAUAGAUUACGGGAAACUGAUCACACAACUUUACCAGCAAUAAGCACUGUCCUGCAAACAUUGAAUUCACAGUUCAAUAAACGUUUUGGGACUAUUGAAAAUAACGCUAUAUACUGUGAGGCAACUAUACUUGACCCACGUUUCAAAAAUAAAAGAUUCAGGGAUCAAGAAAAAUUUGAAAAAGCUUUAGGUUGCCUAAAGAGUAAAGUGGCACUGUCACAACCGUUAGUCCCCGAACGAGCACCUAUAUUAGCACCACAACAUCCUGUUCCAACAACUUCAAGUUCCAAAAAGUUUUGGGACGACUUCGACAGUGAAAUCGUCAUAUUAACUCCUCAAAAUCCAACUGCGGCGGGGAUAGUUGAAGUAGACAAAUACUUAAACGAAAUAUUUUUAGAACGAAAAAGAGAUCCUCUGAAGUGGUGGCAUGAGCGACGAUUGGUAUAUCCACUCCUUUACCAAUUUAUGUUAAAACGCCUCAAUUUAAUCGCCACUUCCGUUCCUUGUGAGCGGAUUUUCUCGAAAGCCGGAUACACGUUGAACGAGCGCCGUACGAGGUUAACGACAAAAAAAUUAUCCCAGUUACUUUUUAUAAAUAGUAAUACCGAGAAAGUGGUAAAUCAAGUAGGUAUACCUGCCUACCUACCUUUUGAUAAUAUAAAAAUUAUUGUACAUAGAAAUUGA